GCCAGUGCCCAUGGUGCGGUGACUGAGACUGUACACCCACCGGAACCAGGACCCCCUCCGAUCUGCCGCCGCUCGUGCCCGUUCGGUUAAGGGGCGUUUGCGCACUCACGAGACACCAGGAAAUAUGGCGGCGUUCAUGACUCUUAGUCAGUUAACAAGUGGAAACCCAGCCUAUGAGAACUAUUAUAGACAGCUGGAUCCAGGAAACACGGGAAAAAUAUCGGCUGGAGAUGCAGCUCAGUUUCUUAAGAAGUCAGGGCUGUCAGACAGUACAUUGGGGAAGAUUUGGGAUUUGGCGGAUUCAGAAAGAAAAGGCUAUUUGGAUAGACGGGGUUUCUUCAUUGCUGUGAGACUUGUGGCCUCGGCACAGGGUGGAAAUGAUAUCAGCCUUAACAACCUCAACCAAAAUUUAGCUGCCCCCAAAUUUAAAGAUACAAACAGCCCAUUAUUAAAUGUUUCAACAACGGGACCUGACUCGCAGUGGGCAAUUAGGCCUGAUGAAAAAGGGAUGUUUGAGGGCAUUUUUGAGAGUCUGUGCCCUCUAAAUGGUCUCCUCCCUGGCGAUAAAGUCAGGCCAGUUUUGAUCAACUCCAAGCUACCUCUGGAUGCGUUAGGAAAGAUUUGGGACCUAAGUGAUGUGGACAAAGAUGGACACUUGGACAAAGAUGAGUUCACAGUGGCCAUGCAUCUUGUGUAUCGUGCCAUGGAUAGUGAGCCUGUCCCAACUGCCUUACCCACAUCCCUCAUCCCCCCUUCUAAAAGGAAAAAGUCUGCAGGCACGCUGCCAGGUGCUGUGGCUGUGCUGCCCGCUCUGUCCGGUUUUAUGGCUGGUCCAGCUUCUCUCAAAGAGUCCCUGCGAAGCACUCCUCCUCUGGUCAGCGCUUCUCCCUUCAGCACCAGUACUGUCAACCUCUCUCCAAAACACUCCUUUAAAUCCAGCUCACCGCCGGUGGUGAACUGGGUGGUACCGUUGGCUGACAGGGAGCGAUAUGAUGAGAUCUUCAAGAAAGCAGACAGCGACAAUGACGGCCUCGUUAACGGAACUGAGGUCAUAGAGAUCUUCAUGCAGUCCAGUCUCUCCCAGACUAUGUUGGCACAGAUAUGGGGACUCGCUGACACUAAACAGACUGGCAAGCUGACCCGGGAGCAGUUCUCUCUGGCCCUGUACCUGAUCCAGCAGAAGGUCACUAAAGGCGUAGACCCUCCCUCCACUCUAACCACGGACAUGAUUCCCCCAUCAGAAAGGACUGCAGCUUCAGCGGCGAGCACUAUCUAUGCGGGGCUUAUGUCAGCUGUCAGACCUGAACUUGCUACACUAGCUAAUAUGCGCAGAGACAGCACCAGCUCCACGGGGUCGGCCGAGCUGACAGGCAUCAAAGAGCUGGAUGACCUCAGCCAGGAAAUAGCUCAGCUGCAGAGAGAGAAAUUCAUUCUGGAGCAAGAGAUCAGGGAAAAGGAGGAAACCAUCCGACAGCAAAAUAGUGAAGUUCAGGACAUGCAGAAUGGAUUGGACAGGGAAAGCAGCAGCCUGCAGGACCUGGAUUCGCAGAAGCAGGAUGCCCAGGAACGUCUGGAGGAGAUGGACCAGCAGCGCUCCAAGCUGGAGGGGAUGCUCAACGACGUCAAGCAGAAGUGCCAGGAAGAGUCCCAGAUGAUCUCGUCCCUGCAGAACCAGAUCCGCUCUCAGGAGACCGACCUCCGGAGCCAGGAGGAUGAACUGAGCCGCACCAAGACGGACCUGAGCCGGCUGCAGGACGAGGAGGUCAUGCUCGAGGAGAGCCUGCUCUCUGGUCGUGUCCAACUGGACAGCAUCACUAAGUCGCUCAAAACCACUCAGGAAGAGAUCAACCAGGCGCGCAGCAAGCUGUCGCUGAUCCAGGACAACCAAAAGGAAGUAACCAGGACCAUAGAGCAGUACAACAGCGCUUUGAGCGACAUCAACGGAGGAAACUUCAGCAACCUGCCCGACUUAAGCGAAGGGUUUGCUGAGAAGGAGAACGGAGGAUUCAGAAGUGCGGAUGGCUCUUUCAAGUCAAAGAUAGCCUUGUUCAACAACAGCGGUGCUAAGGAGUCUCCAGCGGACCCCUUCCAGACAGAAGACCCCUUCAAGUCUGACCCCUUCCAAGAUCCAUUUGGAGGAGAUCCUUUCAAAGAGAGCGACCCAUUCAAAGGCACCUCGUCUGAAGAUUUCUUCAAGAGAACAGACAAGUCAAACCAGUUUGGAUCCCCGGACCCCUUCGGUAGAAAACCCACACCACCAGCCAAGCCAAGUGGCCUCAGCAGUGGCGACACUUUCACAUCAAACAGCCCAAAACCAGAUGGUUUUGGGACCGUGGACCCCUUUGGAAACAACUCUUUUGGAAGCAAAAUGGGGGGUGGAUUUGCCGACUUUAGUCAGAUGUCAAAGAAGUCGGACAACCCUGUCCUCCCAUCAAAGAAAAAUGUGCCUAACCGGCCUGCACCUCCCUAUGGAUCUGAAUGUGCCAAGUUUGGAAAUGAGAGCCAGCAGCUGGAGUGGGUCAAGCGGGAGAGCGAGCGCGAGGAGCAGGAGAGGCUGAGGAAGCUGCGGCUGCAGGAGCAGCAGGACCUGGAGCUGGCCAUCGCUCUGAGCAGGGCCGACAUGCCCAGCGCCUGACCAGCCGUUCCCCACCACAUCUUUUUGUCCUCGUCCUUCUGCCUCACAGUCCUCCGUCCGCAGGCUCAUGACAACAUCUCCAACACUGGCCCGACAUGACUAGCAGCCCCUGUUACCAAUUUGUGUAAGAGACCAGUGUUUGUCCAGCCACGACUGGACUCAUGUCAAACGACUCCACAUUUAGCCACCAGUUAUGGUUCAUUGCUCCCAAACUACAUGGCAACUAUAAUCAAGGACGAUUCGGAGCCACUUGAUUUUAAGUCCGGCUUCUACCUGCAAGAACAUUUUAACGCAACCUGAACCAGCAGGGUACUCCACUACAACCUAAUCUAGCUCCAUAUCUUGUUAUGGCUAAUCACCCUGCCUUAUCCAAAAGCCUUUCUGUUGCAAGAAAAAAACUAAACCUUUUACGAAUAUUUUACUGUUUUAUUUAUAUACAAAAGCAAUGAAUCUGUGGAGUAUGAAGUACUUGUAAAUUGCACUGUAUAAACUGUUUUAUAUAACCUUGAAUUACUCAGAAGAGAAAUUGGUAUUGAAAGUCAAACCUGAUAGGCCAACCACUCUGUUGGUCUAUAAUUGAGUUUGUCUAAUUUCAAAUGUUUUUUUUUUUAACACUUCUUCUUGUGCUGUAAAUACUGUUAGCUGAUGGUUUUAUGUAAAAGCCCUGGAACAGUCCAUGUUUAAAUAUCUAGCUUGUGUUUAAAGGGACUGCAGCUUAGUGAUCAGAUCAUCCAUAGCAUGCUUUAGGUUUUUAUUUCAAAUGUUACAAGUGUUUCUUGCCAUUUAUGCCUGCAUAUGGAAUAUUUAUGGAUUUAAAGUACAAGCAUUUAAGACAUUUUUGAAUACGAUUAAACCGUCAACCGGGAUCUACAUGUCAAAAUGUUUGGGAAUCUCUUGAGAAGCAUUUUUAGUCCUGACAAAACGUUGGUUAAAUAUGAUUUAACCUCAUUAUCAGUCGCCUCUUGUAUUCACAAUUAUUAAGAUGCUAGCGAUAAUCAUAGAGGUCUUCCCUUCUUAUGAACAAAGUUCAGCUCACCGUUGCACCGUCCCUCUGAUGUCGACAGCUUGUGCUCUUCAGAUGGUUUGUCAUUGGUUGCCUUGUUGUUACGCCCAACAACUUGCUCUUCCAUACAACUGAACGCUUCUAUGGAAGGGAAGUAGUGACGACCUACGUUGUUUGUACUGGUGCUGUAACAUUUAGUUUUAUCCUUUUUUUUUUAAACUUCUUCACACUGAUACGAAGUGACAUCUGCUUCCAACACUCAAAUCAACCAUUGGAUCUUUUUUUUCCUGUUUCUUCAUUAAUGUCUUAUUGAUCCAGUUGGAGGGCCUUUUGUUUAAUUGACUUAGAAAUAUUGCAUUUUGUAAUUAUAUUACAACUAAUUAGGUUUGUUCGGCACAUAAUGUACGCACUGUGUAUUCCAGAGCUCACUGGACAUGUACAGAGUAACCGCGCCUUAUUUAUCAACAUUGUAACGUGUAAUAUUGCACAGUAUGUAUGUGAUUAUAAAAACAAUUAAUGACUUUUAAUUUAAUAAAAGUGAUUUUUAACUUCC